AGUUCAGGAGAAUGAGUUGCUGACUGCUUAAGAGCAAGAUUGACACUACAGCUGGCAAAGGAAAGAAGAAGACCAGCUGGGUGGCUUGGUCUGCAGCAGAUACUGUCAUUUUGACACUUCCUCUGCACCCAAAGAAGGCCAGCAGGGCUUCUGCUGGCACCCAGGAAACAAAAUGAACACCACCAUGUAUACAGAUUACAAUGCAGUCAGCACAACAUAUGAUUAUGAUGUAUUUGAACCAUGUGCAAGUGACGAUGUCCAAGCAUUUACUUCUACUUUCCUGCCAACACUUUACUCUUUAGUGCUGAUAGUUGGCCUGCUGGGCAAUGCACUGGUUGUGCUGACCCUCAUCCGAUUCAAGAAACUGAAGAACAUGACUGAUAUCUACCUGCUCAAUUUAGCCAUCUCGGACUUGCUUUUCAUUUUCUCACUCCCAUUUUGGGCUUAUUUUGCAGCAGAUGAAUGGGUGUUUGGAGAUACAAUGUGCAAAAUCCUCUCUGGAAUCUACCUGGCAGGGUUCUACAGUGGAAGUUUCUUCAUCAUCCUUUUGACCAUUGACCGAUACCUGGCAAUUGUUCAUGCAGUGCUUGCAUUAAAGACUAGGACGGUUGCCUAUGGUAUCUUAACAAGUGUCAUCACAUGGGGAAUAGCAUUUUUAAUCUCUGUGCCUGAGCUAAUGUUCAAACAAGUACAAAAGCAAAACAAUCGCUUAACUUGCACUCUUCAUUUCCCACCAGAACUUCACAUCCAUAUGAACCAGUUUAUGACACUGAAAAGGAACCUUAUAGGUCUGAUCCUUCCAAUGGUUAUUAUGACUUUCUGUUAUGCAAGGAUCAUAGGCACCCUGAAGAGGUGCAAGAGUGAUAAAAAGAACAAAGCAGUUAGACUGAUUUUCAUCAUCAUCAUUGUGUAUUUCAUCUUUUGGGCUCCAUACAACAUCGUUCUUCUACUAUCCACGUUCCAAGAAGCAUUUUCCCUUAGCGAGUGUACUAGCGUAAGUAAUUUAGGUAUAGCAGUGCAAGUGACAGAAACCUUAACAAUGGCCCAUUGUUGUGUCAAUCCUGUGAUCUAUGCUUUUGCUGGUGAAAAGUUCAGAAAAUUUGUUUUCAGCUUUUUUCGAAAGUAUCUUGCUCACAGUCUCACAAAAAAUUGCCGAUUUUUGUAUAGUGAGUCCGUUAGCCGUGCUAGCUCUACAUACUCCCGUUCUACUGGGGAGCAAGACAUUUCAGCUAUGUUUUAAGAGAUUCCAGAGAGAAAUUAACCCACAUGUGGGCUCAGCUUUCCAGACUGUCUUGCCAGCUGGGCUGCAGGAACACAAUUGAAGGAUGGAGCUACUUGUGACAAGGCAGCUUUUGGGUCAGAGACAAAAUCUGGUUUCCAUGCACCUUUUCUUUGAUUAUCUCAUUUGUGGAACUGCACGAUAAAGCCAUCUGAUGGGCCCGGCCACUGGAGCUAUUGUAAACUUCAUCAGGGCUUCUGAAAACAGAAAGAAUGAAGCCCUUGCUCAAGCUCUUCAUACACAUUCUUCUCUGCAAUAUUUGAAAUGCAUCUGCAUGUACAUUUUAAGGCAGAACAAAAGUGUGGCAAAUUUGAUCCAAUAUGAAUGGUGCCAUGAGACUGAUGCUUUCUUGCAGUAAAUGACUAUCCCUUAUGGAAAUUGCACAAAUUAGUUCUCCUUGGUGAACAUGUUCACAUCACAUUAACCUAGCAUGCCAAAAUAAUUAAAGCAUUGGACUGGAAUUCUGGAGAUGAAACUCACUGGGUGACUGUGGACCAGCCUAAUCUACCUCAAGGAGUUGAUGUGAGGAUAAAAUGGAAUGGAAGAGAACUGUGUAAGCCACCAUGGUUCAUUCCAGUUUUGGCUUUGGGACUAAAACUGCCUUGGUUGCCUUGUACAAUGACCUGUCCUGGGAGAGGAACAGGAGGAAUGUAUCCCUCAUUUAUUAUAUGUUUUAACAUGCUAUUUUAAUUGUUCUGCUUUGUUGUGAGCCAUUUUGAGACCUGUUGGUAUAGAUGGGAUAUAUAAUGAGAAGCGAUGCUGAAAUGUGGAAACCUUAAAACAAACUGUUGGUUCUCCAUGGUGAUUCAUGGUAAGCAAUUGUGCCACAUUUCAACAUGUUUCCGGUAUUCACACCUAACAACAAGCCAUUCCUGCUAUGUCUUGUCAUUGUGUGUGAAUACAGCCUUUGAAUGAAGGGGGUGUGAAUUCUCAUGUACUCCUUUCUUCUGCGCAAAAAGCCUUUGGUUUCUCCUGAUAUCUUGUUUUCUGACAGUUGUCAAAGGAGGAGGUGAAAACAAUUUGGAGAUACUUUUGGGUAAUGUCCAGGUUCAGCAUUUGUUGCACCCUGGCAGUAGUCCUCCUUCCCACUGGACACUUUGCCUAGUCAAGAUUUCAUAUUCCCACACUUGUGGCUAAUUUUUUGUGUGCAUAAAAAGGACGGGGGGGGGGGUGUUUUGACAACCACAAGCCUUUCCAAGGUGCUGCCUGAGCAUUCUGAAGGCGCUGUAAGUGGCUGUCAAGACAGAGGUUGUGAAAACUGCCUUGACAGCCUUCUUUUGUUAUUUCCAGGAAAAAAUAUAUGGAAAAUAUAUAAAUAUAUAUAG